CUGAAACACUCCUCGAUCCUCCACUCAUCAUCAUCUGCAUCCAGCGUCUCGGGUCCAGACAACUUCACUUGAACGACAACGAAAUACCAUCCAUCAUCUCAUCUUGGUUAACUCCAAACAUAACUGCAUAACCUUUCAUCAACAGAAGCACUCAUCCUAACCCUCCAAUACCGACCGACCGCCCAAUCUUACAGGGCAUCAUCCAUCUACCCACCCCACAAAGCAACCCAGACCACACCACACCACCCGCCACGAACGAGGAGGCCACGUGGACAAGCAAGAAAAAAACAAAAACAAAAACAGAAUGUCAUCAUCAACACUACCACCACCACCACCACCAUCAACCUCGCAGCCGCUCACCCUAGCAGCCGCCGCCUCCUUCCUCGCCGAAAAAGCCCGCUCCACCUCCCAACUAAUCGAAAAGACCCUUCUUCUGCCACUGUCUUCUUCUAAACCCUUUACCGACCCCUCAAACCCCUACCCUUCCAACCCCUCCCUGGCCAGGCUCGCCAAUCUCUCGGCUAAGCUCCUCCAAUUCAACCAGCACGCCAACACGCUCGGUGACUGUCUGACCAGCGCGGCCAAUGCCUCGGGUGGCGGCGGCGUGGCUGACGAGCUGGCCAGGACGCUGGACAAGGCGCUGACGAGGUGUGAUCAGGGUGUCGAGGUGAUCAGCGGGCAGGUGAAGUGGUUGGGGAGGGACGACGUAGGUACGCAUGUGUUGCAGCUCCAGCCGGGGACGGGGAAAGGGAAGACGCAGAAGGAGGAGGUUGAUGGACAGGUGAUGGAGGAGUAUGCGGACUUGUUGAUUGCCCACGCAAGAUUGUUCAUCUUUGGGUCGCAGAUUGUCAUUUUGGACAUAAAUGAGCAAGCCGAGUGGAUGGCCAAGGCUGAUGUUGACAAGAUGAUCAACAAGGCGGAAGAGUCGGCGAAAAAGGUGUUGCUUGGGAAGAGCAUCUUUAGGCAGCUGUAAUGGUUGCCUAACUAGGUAGCUUUUCCUGGGGCUUUCUUGGGGAUAUGUGCGACAGUGUGAACCCUGCAUGAGGGUUUUUGGGGGUUUUCUUUUUCUUUGUUUCUUUUCUCGAAUUGGAAACAACUAUCAGGAAGUUCAUCACGGAGAUGGUCGAAUGCAUUCAUUGUUUUUGGGAAUCGGAUACGUGAGGGGGUGCAAUCUGGGUUGUCAUGCUUGUGUAACGACAAGUAGUGAACGGAAGCAAUCACAUGGGGGCAAAGAAACAGAAAAAAAGUCACUUUGGCAUGGAAUGUAUUGAUAGCAUCAUAUAGCCACGACAGCGUUCGUUCUAGGAGGAGCAAUUGAGGCAGGUAGGUAGGUAGGGACGUCCUUGAUAUCCAGAUCUCUUCACCCAG